CAGAGAGCGGCAGGGAGCUGCCAGCAUCGUCUCAUACCGUCGCAGGACAGAAAGGUGUGAAAAUAUCGGUCCUCUAGACAUCCUAGAAGUAAUACACGGAGACGGCAUUGUUUUGAUAAUGCUGUCACACUCUGAACAUCUCCGUUUCGGCGGAGAUAUGGACACGCCGGGGAGGAUAGCAGCAACACCGGACAACCUGGACUUCACGGUGGAAAACGUAGAGAAGGCCCUCCACCAGUUGUACUACGAUCCCAAUAUAGAAAACAAGAAUCUGGCCCAGAAAUGGCUCAUGCAGGCUCAGGUCUCGCCUCAGGCCUGGCAGUUUUGCUGGUCCCUUCUGAGCCCAGAUAAGGUGCCAGAGAUCCAGUACUUUGGUGCCAGCGCGCUUCACACCAAGAUUUCUCGCUACUGGUCGGACAUCCCCACAGACCAGUACGAGUCUCUGAAGACCCAGCUGUUCUCACAGAUUGCCUGCUUCUCCUCCGGCUCCAAGAUGGUGCUCACCCGUCUCUGUGUGGCCCUUGCCUCUCUGGCACUCAACACAAUGCCUGAGGCCUGGCCCGGCGCUGUGUCAGAGAUGGUGCGGGUGUUCCAGGAAGAGGGUGGGGGGGUGGACGGGCGGGCACGCUGCCUGGCAUUGCUGGAGCUCCUCACCGUCCUGCCGGAGGAAUUCCAGACCAGCCGCCUGCCGCAGUACAGAAAGGGACAGGUUCGGGGGGCUCUGGGCCAGGAGUGGGGGUCAGUGUGUCCCUUACUGCAACAACUACUGCAAAGGACGGACAGCCCCGGGGCAGUGAAAGCUCGCGUGUUGCGCUGCCUGUCAUCUUGGGUGCUGCUGGAUGUGCCCCUAAGUGAGAGUGAAAGCCUGGUGCACGACUGCUUCAGCGCCCUGCCUGAUCCGGAGCUCUUCGACACGGCUGUGGAGGCAAUCGUCAAUGCCAUCUCACAGCCCGAUUCCCAAAGAUAUGUGAACACUUUGCUGAAGCUGGUUCCUCGAGUGCUGGCCCUCCAGGAGCAGCUCAGAGAGGCAGUUCAGAGCGGAGACAUGGAGACCUGCCACGGUAUCUGCCGGAUCGCCGUAACGCUGGGAGAAAACCACUCUAGGACUCUGUUGGAGCAGGUGGAUCACUGGCAGGGCUUCCUGGCUCUAGUCAACAUGGUCAUGUUUUGUACGGGCAUCCCCGGGCACUACCCGGUCAAUGAGACCACCAGCUCGCUCACUCUCACCUUCUGGUACACACUACAGGAUGAAAUCAUGUCGUUUGAGACGGAUAAGCAGGCGGUGUAUCUGCAGGUCUACAGGCCGGUGUAUUUCCAGCUGGUGGAUGUUCUGCUACACAAAGCCCAGUUCCCCACUGACCAGGAGUAUGAAUCCUGGUCCUCCGAUGAGAAAGAGCAAUUCAGGAUCUAUAGGGUGGAUAUCUCGGACACACUCAUGUACGUGUACGAGAUGCUGGGAGCAGAGCUGCUGAGUAACCUGUAUGAUAAACUAGGAAGACUGUUGACUAAUACCGAGCAGCCCACAUCGUGGCAGCAUACAGAGGCCUUACUCUAUGGCUUCCAGUCCAUAGCGGAGACGAUAGAUGUGAAUUACUCUGACGUCAUCCCCGGCCUGAUAGGACUCAUCCCCAGAAUCAGCAUCAACAACGUGCAGCUAGCAGACACAGUGAUGUUCACUAUAGGUGCGUUGGCUGAAUGGUUGGCAGACCACCCGGUGAUGCUCAGCAGUGUCUUGCCCUUGGUACUACAGGCUUUAGGGAACCCAGACCUUUCUGUCUCAUCUGUCUCGACGCUGAAGAAGAUUUGUCGGGAGUGCAAAUAUGACCUACCACCCUACGCAACAAACAUAGUAGCUGUCUCUCAGGAGGUGCUUAUAAAACAGAUCCACAAGACGAGUCAGUGUAUGUGGCUGAUGCAGGCGCUCGGCUUCCUGCUCUCUGCUCUCCCUGUGGAAGACAUCCUGAGAAACCUGCACUCUCUCAUCACCCCCUACAUUCAGCAACUGGAGAAGCUAGCAGAUGAGACGCCUAAUCCCUCCAAUAAAUUGGCAAUAAUCCACAUCUUGGGGCUGCUUUCCAACCUCUUCACUACGCUCGACAUCAGCAAGCAGGACGAUGAGUCAGCAGACGGCUCAGCUCCACCUGUCAAAACAGCCCCUCCUCCACCCGGACCAAACCCGGUGGUGGUGGUUUUGCAACAGGUGUUUGCCCUCAUACAGACUGUCCUCAGUAAGUGGCUGAACGACUCGCAGGUCGUAGAGGCGGUGUGUGCCAUUUUUGAGAAGUCAGUGAAGACUCUUCUCCACGACUUUGCUCCCAUGGUGUCUCAGCUUAGUGAGAUGCUCGGGCAGAUGUACAGUACCAUUCCCCAGGCCUCAGCCCUCGACCUCACACGACAGAUGGUGCAUAUCUUUGCCAGUGAGACAGACCACUUCCCACCCAUCAAGGCUCUGUUUGAACUGGUUACCUCGGUAACGCUGUCCAUCUUCCAGCAAGGACCCAGGGAUCAUCCUGAUAUUGUUGAUUCAUUUAUGCAACUCCAAGCUCAGGCCCUCAAACGGAAGCCCGAUUUGUUCUUGUCUGAGAGUCUUGAUGUGAAAGCAGUUUUCCACUGUGGAGUUCUGUCACUCAAAUUUCCUGAGGCACCGACAGUCAAGUCAACAUGCUUGUUCUUUACUGAACUGAUACCCAAAUGCUCAGACGUGCCUCCUCUGGCUCGGGUGAUGCAGGAGGACGGCAAACUGCUGAUGCAGGCCGUGCUGGAGGGCAUCGGGGGCGGGGCGUCUCGGAUCCUCAUGGACCAGUUUGCAGAAGUGAUUUUCUCUCUGAACAAGAACUGCUUCUCUCUACUGGUCGUGUGGUUGAAGGAGGCGCUGCAGCCUCCUGGGUUCCCGUCAUCGCGGGUCACAGCUGCACAGAAAGAUAACUUCUCACAACAGAUACUCAGAGAGCGAGUGAACAAGAGGAGGAUGAAGGACAUAGUGAAGGAGUUCACACUACUGUGCAGAGGGCUCCACGGUACGGAGUAUGCCGCUGAAUACUGAAACUCUACCCUUGAACUCUCACCAAACCGUGACCUCUGCCCCUCAGCGCCAAACAGCUGGAUGCCACUACAACACAGCUCUCAAAAAAUCAUGGAAUGAUUGUAAAGAUAAACCCGCCCUGCUGCAGGACAAGACAGAACCAAUCCAGCACGGACCUGCCAUCGGAUUAAUGGACACACAUUAAAUCCCCGGUGGCUUUAGGGAGGCUGGUCUCUCUGCUCAGAUUUUUUUCUGUUUUAAGAUUGAUUGUUUCUCUCUCCUCUGAUUUCUUUGGAAGAGCUCCGAGCAGCACUCCCAGCAUGCUGCCUCCUCUAUCUCUGUCUUGUUCUGCCUUUCUAGAUCUUCCUGUGGUUCCUAGGUUGUUUCCUGGUGAUUAGCAUCCAUAUGAAAUUGGUAGUGGUAUCGUACGUAGCUACUUGACAUUAUUUUUCAGAAUUAAAUCAAAUGAAUUAUAUAAAUGUAUAUGUAAACACAUAUAGAAAGAUGGUGGUUGUCAGUCCUGCUGCUGCUAGUGGGAAGAGAGAAGGACCAAUGUCAGUAGGGGAUUCUGCAGGAGAAAUUACAUGAAUAUAAUAUUUACUCCAAACCAUCCCCCUGUGAUCUCUGCAUUUGCCAAAUUAUCCUUGUGAAUUUGUCCUUUUUCCUGUUUGUUAUAUAUGCCUUUAAUGGGGAGUAGAGAAAAAAACACAACUGGACUAUAAACAGUCUGCUUUCCCACCCUGACCUCUGUAUACAGGGCUGUGCCUCAUGUACAUCCAGUCCCACCCAGUCAUACUGCAGUCUCCUCGGAUUGGAGAGAGGUUUUUAUGCAUUGGUCCCUUAGGUAAAGCAGGACUGCCUAGAACGAAGGCUAGAGUGAAAAUGGAUCUAUAGUAGCUGGCAGCGAAAAGAGGCAGGAUAUGGAAACUGAGAAGGGAACUGAGUGUUUGGAGGGAUUUAUAAUCCUGACGAAGGACUGCUUAGUCACUGUAAUCGUGCAAAAUAUUAAUCAAGUUGUGCAUAUUAACAGUUAUUGCCGAACACUUCUGUGUAUGUGAGUGUGUGCGUGUGUUCAUACCUGUACGUAUGAGAGGUUGCGUGUGCACAGAUGUAUCUUUUUCCACUUGUUUAGUGCACUUAUAUUGGACCUACAGUACACAUCCAUUACUUCCUCCUGUCUUUUUAACAAAGAGCUCAUUCAUUUCUUCACACCACACUCAUUCAAACUACUCUUUUCUUAGAGACUGAUCCGACACGUCCAGUAUCUCACCUCUGCUGCUCACCUGCAAUCACACCCAUCUGUUCAAACCUCCUUAUCAUCUGGAAUGACCGGCCAGUGAUAAUAAUUGAGCAGAGUCAUCUAUCCAUCUAUCUGUUAUUGACAGCAAAUACGCAAAGUCAUUCAUCCAAUGGGUCACUGCCUUGGAGAGGACCAAGAAGGAUUAGAGGGUUCAGUAUCACACCGUAACAUCUCUGAGAAAGUUAUUCAGCAUUUGCAACAAGAAAUAACACUGACAUUCUGUGCUCAUCCAUUAUGCCGAGGACAUUAUCGGUGAAGUGACGUGACGGCUGUAGAAUACACUGUUUAGUGAAUCAGCAGGACCAGGUGAUAUCUAAUAACACUCAGCGUCCAAAUAUACUUGUGGUCUCCGCUUAACUUUAUCUCAGUCUAAUCCUUCUGUCUUAUCCGAGGUGCCUGCAGACAUGUAGCAUGUGUGUGUUUAGUGGGGGGGUUCGGGGUUCAGGGGGACAAACAUAUCCAGUGAGUAAGACGCUGCAGAAAGACCCGAGGCAGGACUCAGCUCCGAGUCGAAUUCAAACAGAGAAUAAUUGGACGAUCCUCGCUCUGUAUUGUGUUGUCAUUCUAAGAAUAUAAAACACUGUCAAAGUUAAAAGAAAGAGUUGUGGAUGAAGAAAGGGAGGGGGGGUAUGAAAUGUACAUUGUUUUUUUUGUACCUUGGCUUUAAUUUAUUAAAUAUAUCUAAGACUGCACUUUGUGACUCUUCACUGUGUGGGAGUACUUUCCUUCUGUUCUUUCAACACGAUAAUCACUCCUAAGCAUGCUCUGUGCACAUACUGCAGGUAUUUUUACAUCUCUGAAACCAUUUAUUAUAAGUACAAACAUAAAAAUAGCUUUUAUUGACUUUUAUUUUGGGGGAUUUUGACAUCAGCUAGGUUUUGAAGGAAAAUCUGGAAUCAGCACAACGUGAACAAUGUCAUCAGUAUCAUAAGGGCUGUUAAAGGACUUUAUAAAUAUCAAAGUUAUUAGUCCAAAUGGUCCCCCACUCUUCAAACAAGACUAAAAAAGAAACAUAUUUCAUCUAAAAAGAGUUGAAUCACUUCUGAAGUUGUGCUAUCUUUUUUUAAGUUGAAUUAUAUUGACCAACUAUUGCAUUGAUUGCUAGUGUUGUGUUGAGUAAUAUUUGUAUAUGUUUAAAAAAGCAGUGCCAUGUUAUUUCCCAUUAUGAAUAUCUAAA